CGCUCUGACAGACAGGUAAACCGAGCCACGGCGCCAUAUUGCGAGAACGGAAAGAGGGCCCCCUCCAAAAGAAAUACUUUUUCAUAUCCCACCCUUGACAUCUGCAAGUCAAGUCUUGAAGUUAGCAGCAGCGAUUGAACUGAAGUCUUUGAAGAUGCCCUUGGCACAGUUUGGAGCAGACCCUUGGCAGAAAAUGGCCUUGGGAAAUUCGGAAACAGAGGUCAUGGACGACUCCAUGGGUGACGAUGACACUGCUGGCAAUGACGAGGGCUCUGUGAAUGAGAUCAGUAUCACGCACCUCGUCAAGGAGGGCUCCGAACGGGCAGACCCUCGGCAGUUUGAGCUGCGCAAGGUCCUGGGACAAGGCUCCUUCGGGAAGGUGUUCCUUGUAAAGAAGGUAACGGGGCCUGAUGCAGGGCAGCUCUAUGCAAUGAAAGUGCUGAAAAAGGCCACGUUGAAGGUGCGGGACAGGGUGCGCACCAAGAUGGAGCGAGACAUUCUGGUGGAGGUGAACCAUCCUUUCAUCGUCCGACUCCACUACGCGUUCCAGACAGAGGGGAAGCUGUACCUGAUACUGGACUUCCUCAGGGGAGGUGAUCUGUUCACACGGCUAUCGAAAGAGGUGAUGUUCACAGAGGAGGACGUGAAGUUCUACCUGGCAGAGCUGGCACUGGCACUGGACCAUCUGCACGGCCUGGGCAUCAUCUACAGAGACCUCAAACCUGAGAACAUCCUGUUAGAUGAGGAAGGCCAUAUUAAACUGACUGACUUUGGCCUAAGUAAAGAGUCUAUUGAUCAUGAGAACAAGGCCUACUCUUUCUGCGGAACAGUGGAGUACAUGGCGCCAGAGGUUGUGAACCGUAGAGGCCACACCCUUAGCGCUGACUGGUGGUCGUACGGUGUGCUCAUGUUUGAGAUGUUGACCGGAACACUGCCUUUUCAAGGGAAGGAUCGGAAGGAAACUAUGACAAUGAUACUGAAGGCCAAACUAGGAAUGCCUCAGUUCUUGAGCCAAGAGGCCCAGUCUCUCCUACGUAACCUGUUCAAACGCAACCCAGGCAACAGACUAGGUGCUGGUCCAGAUGGAGUGGCAGAGAUAAAGAGACAUUCCUUCUUCUCCACUAUAGACUGGAAUAAAUUAUUCAGGAGAGAAAUCCACCCUCCCUUUAAACCUGUGAGUGGCAGACCAGAUGACACCAUCUACUUUGACACUGAAUUCACUGCAAAAACUCCACGGGACUCUCCCGGCUGUCCCCCAAGUGCCAGCGCCCACCAGCUGUUCCGAGGCUUCAGCUUUGUGGCCAUCUCUGAGGAGGAGAGUGUUCCAGCACACACCUCCAACGUCAACACGACCACCAUACCGCAUCUCCACAGAAACACAGCCCUGUUCACCGACGUCUACGACGUGAAGGAGGACAUUGGUGUGGGCUCAUACUCCAUAUGCAAACGCUGCGUUCAGAAGAGCAACCGGAUGGAAUAUGCUGUAAAGAUCAUCAGUAAGGCCAAGAGGGACCCCACAGAAGAGGUGGAGAUUCUCAUGCGCUAUGGACAGCACCCGAACAUCAUCACCCUCAAAGAUGUAUAUGAAGACGGACGUUCCGUGUACGUGGUGACCGAGCUGAUGAAAGGAGGGGAGCUGCUGGACAAGAUUCUCAGACAGAAGUUCUUCUCUGAGAGGGAGGCCAGUGCAGUUCUCCACACCAUCACCAAAACAGUGGAGUACCUGCAUGUACAGGGGGUUGUCCACAGAGACCUGAAGCCCAGUAACAUACUGUAUGUGGAUGAGUCUGGAAAUCCGGAGUCGAUCCGUAUCUGUGACUUUGGCUUCGCUAAACAGCUGAGAGCUGAAAACGGACUCCUGAUGACUCCCUGCUACACGGCUAACUUUGUAGCCCCUGAGGUCCUGAAGAAACAGGGCUAUGAUGCAGCCUGUGAUAUCUGGAGUCUGGGAGUGCUUCUCUACACAAUGCUUACUGGGUUUACUCCUUUUGCCAAUGGACCAGAGGAUACCCCUGAAGAGAUCUUGGCUCGGAUAGGCAGUGGAAAGUUCUCUCUGACAGGUGGUUACUGGAACUCCGUCUCAGCAGAGGCCAAGGACCUUGUGUCCAAGAUGUUACAUGUGGACCCCCACCAGAGGCUAACCGCUGCUCAGGUGCUGCGACAUCCUUGGAUUGUAAACAAGGACCAGCUACCCAAGUACCAGCUCAAUAGGCAUGAUGCUCCUCAUUUGGUUAAGGGAGCGAUGGCAGCGACUUACUCCGCUCUGAACAUGCACGUUCCCCCUGUGCUGGAUCCUGUGGGACGCUCCUCGCUAGCUCAACGUAGAGGUGUGAAGAAGCUGACCUCCACAGCCCUGUGAUCCGCCUGCCACUAGUAUCAAUCUCGCCUGUUCAGUGCUACUGCGUCACUGCAUUGGUGUGACUUUACACUCCUGCUGUGUUAGAACUGUGUUUGUAAGACCAAGAAGAAACUGUAAUCCAUUCACUGAGAAAGUUGAUGGUGUACUUGCUUGUACAAUCACCACUGCCUACAUGAGCUUACAAGACUCUUGAAAAGGCUGAACUGUAUAUAUUAUUUUUUAUUAAAUUAGAUAUAUUUACUACGAAAAUAUCAUUCAGUAUAUACGGGUUCUCAUAGGUAUGUGUUCACACAGAUUUAGUUUAGCACUGGAAGAGGAAGAUGUUUGGAGAUGUUUCCUCUGGUUGCACGGAACAUCAGAUGGUGACCCCACCCCAAUUCAAAAACAUCCCUACCCCCUACAUGCACUUCUGUAAAUCUGAAAAGAUUUGUUGGGUGUAAUCAAUAUAGAGCUGUUGUUAUUUUCCUUAUAACCAUCUGUUGGCCAUUCUGACAACUCCUCGAUUCAGCAACAAUAAGUUUACAAAGACCUUGAAUUUCAUCUAGAUUAAUGGUCAUUUCCUUCCUCACUCCAGUGUCUACUCCAGUACUAUCUCUUAGGCCCCGGUAUUGGGGCAGAGCCCCGGAGGGUGAAAAGGGUUUGCUUGCUUUACUCUGUCUUUCUACUUUUGUCCUUUUCAUGAUCAUAAAGGGAAACGUGUGAAAAAGGAAUAUACUGUACUCAUAGCAAUUAAGAUGACUUUUCAAGUAUACUUUUAAGAGAAUAUUAAGAAUGUAUUUUUGUAUGUGGAUGAAUGAAACAUUUUCUAUUUGGUGUGGACAACUGAUGAGACCACAGGACAGCAGUAUUUUGUCAUAAAAGGGAAAGGCCUUCUGAGGAGCUGCUGUAUAAAUGCAAACUGCUAAAUGGAGGUGAGAAGAGAUACUGUAUUUCCCCUCUGCUUUGUGUCUGACUGUUUUACAGAUACAUGUUUGUGUCCGAUGUGGUCUGGGCAAGUGACUGCACCUUAUUUUGUAAUCUCAAGGAAAUAAUCAUCAAUGCAUUAAAUAAAUAUACAAUCAAACUGUA